AUGAAUUCAAAGGCACACUUCGAAAAUACAAAGAGAGAGAAAUGGAAACAGUUAAGGAACGAGAAACAUGACUUAGUAAGGAUCAGAAAAAAACAAAAAAUGAUAGAAAAAGAAACUAAGAAACAGCACGAAGAACGUCUAAAAUAUUAA